AUGUCUUCGAAAAGGCUAUUCUCCUUCCUCUUUCUACUUGUUCUUCCUUUUUCGAGUUCUUCAGAUACAACAUCUUGGAUAAAAUCUGGGUUCUGGUAUACUGGCAGUGUGUUUCCAACACUUGAAGUUCCUACUAUGUACACACAUCUUUAUGUUUCCUUUGCACAUAUCAACACUUCGAAUUUCGAGGUUUUCAUAAAUAACUCUGAUGAACCAUAUAUCUCAACCUUUACCAAAAAUGUGAAACAAAAUAAUCCAUCAGUUAUAACACUUCUAUCCAUAUGGGGAGGAAGUGAUGAAUCCCCUGACUUCUUCGCGAUGACUAGUGAAUUUUCGCGUAGAAAAUCAUUCAUCACAAGUUCAAUAAAAACUGCUCGACUAUAUGGAUUUCAAGGGCUUGAUCUUCAUGGUGUCAAUCCAAAUACAGCUGUAAACAUGACUAAUAUGAGAACAUUCAUUGAAGAGUGGCGAACAACGAUUAAUUCUGAGUCCAACAAUUCAUUGAUCUUAACUAUGGGAGCAUACUAUUCACCAAUGCUAGAUCAAUCGAUGAAAUAUCCAGUAGAAACAAUUGCUAGAAACUUCGAUUGGGUUCAUCUCAGAGCAUAUGACUAUUAUUUGCCUUCAAAAAACAACGUUACACGAGCACAUUCAGCUUUAUAUGAUCCAUCAAGCACGCGAAAUACAGAUUAUGGGAUAAAGGAAUGGAUCAAGAAUGGCUUACCAGCCAAUAAAAUUGUUAUAGGCUUAGCAUACCAUGGUUAUGCGUGGACGCUUGUGAAUCCAAAUCAUAACAUGGUAGGCUCGCCUGCAAGAGGUCCAGCAAUAGCAAGCGAAGGAUCAUCGAUGAAUUACAAAUUCAUCAAGAGAUAUAUGACAAGUUAUGGAGCCAUACCUGUCUAUAACUCAACUUAUGUUGUGAACUAUGUUACUAUUGGAUCAUUAUGGAUUGGUUAUGAUGAUGUCGAGGCUAUAAGAACUAAAGUUUCUUACGCGAAGGAUAAGGGGCUUCGUGGUUUUGCUGCAUUCCAAAUUCCUAGCGAUGAUGUCGAUUGGGAGCUUUCAAAAGCAGCCUCAGACGAAGAAGAAGAAGAAGAAGAAGACCAUCGCGGUAGCAAGAGAAGGUUACUAGCAAUUCUUUUGCCAACGAUCACUAUCAGUACCAUUAUCGUAAUAAGUUCAAUACUUUGUAUCUUAAAAAAGAAAACUGUAAGAUCUGAAGGUAUCGAGGAAUUGAACGAAAGAGCUAUAGGUCGUAAUCUCAAAGUUUUCAGCUUUGGUCAAAUAAAAGAAGCUACAAAUAAUUUCUCCAUCAAAAACAAGAUUGGAGAGGGAGGUUUUGGACCUGUUUAUAAGGGAAGGUUAAGUGAUGGACAGGAAAUCGCAGUAAAACGUCUUUCAGAAUGCUCUAAGCAAGGAGUAGAAGAGUUUCAGAAUGAGGUCUCACUUGCUUCAAAGUUACAACAUGUCAAUGUUCUACAACUUCAGGGAUUUUGCAUCGAAAAAGAAGAGAAAAUACUGAUUUAUGAAUACAUGUCAAAUAGAAGUUUGGAUUUCUACCUUUAUGACCCCGUGAAGAGUCUGAAAUUAGACUGGGAGACGCGAGUACGUAUUAUAGAAGGAGUUACUCAAGGACUAUUAUACCUCCAAGAGUACUCAACAUUCACAGUAAUUCACAGAGACUUGAAAGCUAGCAACAUUUUACUAGACGACGAGAUGAAGCCAAGAAUCUCAGAUUUCGGUAUAGCUAGACUAUUCCAGAAAGACGAAAAAGAAGCAAGCACUGGAAAGAUUGUUGGGACUUAUGGUUGUGUUCCUCCAGAGUAUGUUAAACGAGGCGUAUACUCCAGGAAAUAUGAUGUUUAUAGCUUCGGAGUCCUGCUGUUGCAAAUCCUUGGUGGAAAGAAGAAUUCAUGUGAAUAUGGCAUCGAGAACGAUUUGAAUCUUCUUGAAUACGCAUAUGAACUUUGGCAAAAAGACAAUGGAGUGGAUUUCAUUGAUCCAUCACUGAAAGAUGAUUUUCGAAUAAGUAAACAAGUGAGAUACAUGCAAGUUGCACUAUUAUGUGUUCAAGAAAAAUGGGAAGACAGACCAUCCAUGUUGGAGGUAUACUCCAUGCUCAAAAAUGAAAUUGAAGUCUUGCCAAAUCCUAAAGUUCCUGCCUUUUCCAAAAAUAAAAACGAUAUCGCGAAAGAGACUUUAGUCACAGUUGAACUAGCUUGUUCGGAAAAUAGUCUCACUAUUUCCCAACUUAUAGCUCGUUAACACUUGAAAGUCUGCGUACA